GAUAGAUUAUAUUCUAACUGGAUUUCUGAAAAUGAGUGGCACCUCUGCUGUCCUCUGUCUCUAUCUUGUUUAUGGAUUAAUGCAACAGAUGGAAGCCUCUAUCCUGAGCUGCAUUCCCAGAAAAACAGUAACAUACCAAAAUGGAAAUAUAAAAACUUUUAUGAAACCAGGAUUAUCCAAUUUUUCCACACUCUUGGUGAGUGAAGAAACUGAUAUCUUAUUUGUUGGAGCCAGAGAUGCUAUAUUUGCACUUGACUUGAAUGACAUCUCAAGAGAAAUAGCCAGUGAGGACUGGUUCGCAACAAGGGAUAGGCAAUUGGAAUGCAUUCGCAGAGGAAAGGACAAAGUAGAUUGCCGAAACUACAUCCUCCUCCUUCAUAAGAUAAAUGACACUAAUUUAUAUGUUUGUGGAACCAAUGCAUUUUACCCAGCUUGUGAUUACAUGGUCAUCAACAGUACAGAUAUUCAUCUGCAAGGGAAAGCUGAAGAAAGCAGAGGAAGAUGUCCUUUUGAACCUACUCUGAAUUAUGCUUCUCUGUUAGUUGAUAGUGCAUUUUAUUCAGCCACUUCAAAUAACUUCUUGGGCACUGAGCCUAUUAUACUUCGCAGUUUGAGAAACCAUCUAAGGACAGAGUUUAAAGCAUCUUGGCUAAAUGAGCCCAGCUUUGUCUAUAUGGAUAUUGUGCGGGAAAGUGAAUCUAAUCCAGAUGGAGAUGAUGAUAAAAUUUAUGUGUUCUUCACUGAAACAGCUGUUGAAUUUGAGUUCUAUGAAAAACUUCUGGUGUCAAGAAUUGCUCGUGUCUGCAAAAGUGAUCUCGGUGGAAAACGCAUAUUGCAAAAAAGAUGGACGUCAUUUUUAAAAUCCAGACUUAUCUGUUCCGUUCCAGAAUCAAAUUUCCAGUUUAAUAUUGUUCAGGAUGUCUUUUUACUUAAGAGAGCAGAUUGGCGGGAAAGCAUGUUUUAUGGUAUUUUUACUCAACAAUGGGGAAGGUUGGAUAUUUCUGCAGUUUGUGCAUUCAGUAUGAAAACUGUCCAAGAAGUCUUCGCCAAAGGAAACUAUAAAGGGCCAGUGACUGUGGAACAUUCCCAUGUUAAAUGGAUGGUGUUCAGGGGAGAAGUGCCACUCCCACGUCCCGGUGCUUGCAUUGAUAAUUUUGCCCGGAGUAUUGGAUACAACACUUCUCUUGAUUUGCCUGAUAAAAUUCUGCAGUUUGUUAGAGACCAUCCUUUAAUGGAUAAUGCUGUAAAUCCAAUUGGUGAUAGGCCAGUGCUACUGAAAAGAGGUUCAAAUUAUACCAGGAUUGUAGUAGACAGAAUCACUGGCCUAGAUAAAAAAACAUACGAUGUUCUGUUUAUAGGAACGGAUAAUGGAUAUUUGCAUAAAGCUCUCAGCUGUGACGGGGAAAUGUUCAUUAUGGAGGAGAUACAGCUGUUUCAGUCCCCAGAGCCUGUACAAUCUCUUAAACUGUCUUCUAAAAAGGGCCUGCUAUAUGUAGGGUCUCCAUCCCAAGUUGUACAACUCCCUGUUUCAGUAUGCAGUCGAUAUAAACAGUGCUUGGAUUGUGUUUUGGCAAGGGAUCCUUAUUGCUCGUGGUCUGAGUCUUUUCAGAAGUGUGUUCCAGUGGCUAAUCAAACAGGAGACUUGCGGGAUUUAAUCCAGAGUGUUAGAAAUGGUGAUGCUUCCAAAUGUCCUAAAAUAGGAAAUAAUGUCAAAAACUGUCCCGUUAUCAUUGGCAACAGUGUUCAUCUUAAAUGCGCACCCAUGUCCAACCUGGCUAGGAUGGUGUGGAAGUUUAAUGGGAGCAGUCUUCAGGCAGAAGAGUCUAAAUACUUGCUUUAUGAUGGAGGAAUAGUCAUAUUUAAUGUGACAGUGGCUGAUGCUGGAUUUUAUGACUGUCAUUCUGUAGAGAGAGCUAAUGGGAAAGAAUUCCCUGUUACUGUGGCUAGCUACAUUCUUUAUACCCAACAGGACAGCAUUUUCAUUAUUACUAAGAAUUACACCACAAAUCAACCAAAUGCAGACACAACUCUGAAGGUUAAAUCUUUGGUCUCAUCUUCCUUGCUGAAUGACCCAGCAAAACAAAGAUCCCUGGAAGACCAGAAAGAGAAGCUUAUUUUAAAAUUCUUGGGAGCUGGAUUUGCACUCCUUUUUUCUUCCUUGCUGGUUUGGAACUUUUACAAAGGCCAUCUGUCUGUGCCUUGGAAGAGCAGAGAAAAAAGCUCAAAAACAGUAAAUGUAGAUUGUUUGCCAGGUCCAACGUUGGCUACAGAGGGGUCAGGCGCUAUGAGGAAAAGUUCAGCCACACGAACUAACACCUCCACUGUUAAUGAAUCAGUACCUCUUGUGAGCUUUCCUUCAGAAGAGGAACACAGCGCUAAUGUACAACACAACACAAGUCUCACAAAGAGAUCUGGGACUUGCAGCUCACAAAGCUGUUUGGUUGAGGAUGAGACAAUGUUUCCUGUUGAGGAAUGUGGAAUGUAAAGUUUGAGUAGGAAUCACAAGCCCAUAAUCUAGUGAGCCAAGUUGCUAAACAUAAAAUCAUUUUCAGUUGCUGCUUUUGAAACAGGUUAUUACAUCAGUUUUUGGUAUUUGUUUAACAUGUGUUGCAAGAAUAAACAUUUGUUAAAAAUUGA